AUGUCUAAUAUUUUCGAUAAACAAAUCUCUGCUCUAAAUACAGCUCUUACCUCUUUGCAGCAGAAGCUCCAGCAAGAAGCAAUCACUGAGUUAUAUGAAGACACUGAAAAUGAUGUAAAAACUUUAAACGAGAGAUAUCACAAGUUGAAAAUUAUUUUGCAAACACACCAAACUCAACUGGCAAAUCUUCAAGAUCUUAUCAGUACAAAAGUUAAACUUAUAGAUAGCUUGAAGCAUAAGCAAAACUCAUUAAAAGAAAAGCUUGGGGUUGCAGCUAAGGCUAGCGAUGAGUCUAGGAAAAGAGUUCUUCCUAAAAGUCCAAUAUCAGAUUUACAUGACAAUUCGGAGGAAUUAUCAGGGUUACAAAAAUGCCUUGAAGGGAUUGAAGAAAUGUUUUACAAAUUAGAUGCUGUGAAUCAAAAGCCUCUAUGCAAGAAUUGUACUUUACUAAUUAACUAA